AGGCGGGGCCCCAAGAUGGCGGCGGCGCUGAGGGGCCGCGCCAAGAUGGCGGCGGCGGCAGAGGCCUGCGGAACGGCCGGGGCUCCCCGCGACUCCUCCACCCCUUUUUUGGGGCUCCCCCCGGCUUCGGGGGGCUCGGGGCGGAGCGCAGAGAUGGCGGAGGAGAAGAAGCUGAAGCUGAGCCACACGCUGCUGCCCGCCGAGUCCAUGAAGGUGAUGGCGGAGGCCAUGGGGGUGGCGGGGGUCCCUGAGGAGACGUGCCAGCUGCUGGCGGAGGAGGCGAGCUACCGCCUCAAGGAGGUGGCGCAGGACGCCCUGAAGUUCAUGCACAUGGGCAAGAGGCGGAAGCUCACGACCGGGGACGUGGAUCUGGCUCUGAAACUGAAAAAUGUGGAG